CGUAUUUCUCUCUGAAUUGGAACAGUUGCUGCUUUGUUAACGGCCAUUUAUACGUAUAAUUUUGUAUUGACACCUUGGGAGACUGGCAUAGCUCUGACAAUCUCUUCGAUUCCAACUUCUUGAAAGCUUCAUGACCUUGCACAUAAUCUCCAAAUCUCCAUCCGACAACCAUGAAGUUCACCGCCGCCGCCACUGCUCUCCUCAGCGCUGCCUUCGUGUCCGCUCAACAGGUCAACCUCAGUGCUCUCCCUAAGUGCUCUCACAUCUGCCUCCAAACCGCCAUCCAACAAUCUGGCUGCGGUGGCGUCGACUACCAGUGCCAGUGCGGCCCGCAAAAAGAGACCAUCACCACCCUCGUAACCCCGUGUAUCAUCCGAAGCUGUUCAGAAGAGGACGCCUUAAGUACAUCCUAUCCUGCUUCCUUUCCCGAUCACUGGUCACUUACUCUAUAACCGACAUGCGCUUCUCCAGCUGACAUGUUUGCUCACAAUCAGAGGUCGAGCCCGCUACCAUAGACAUCUGCAAACAAGCCGGUGUAGCGGGCGCUGAUUCGUCCGUGGUCGACGUCGUUACAUCGGCCGCCGCGUCCGUAGUAUCGCAGGCCACUCAGUCUGCUACGGCACCCACGGGCACUGGUGCUGCAGUGCCGGGAAAGUUGAUUGGAGCUGGUGCAGUUGCUGCCGGCAUCGCUG